AUGGGUCAAAAUCAGCAAGUACAGACACAGGAAGAAGAACUGGAGGUAAACUGCAUCCAGGACCUCUACAGGUCAUACGUCAUGGAGUGCCCCAGUGGAUCUUUGUACCUGCACGAGUUCAAGAGGAUGUUUGGAGUACAGCAUGGUACACCUGAAUCGCAGUACAUGGACAGCAUCUUCCAAGCAUUUGAUAUGAAUCACGACAACACAAUGGAUUUUAUGGAGUAUGUGUCGGCGCUUCAUCUUGUUCUGCGUGGAAAGCUUGAAGAUAAGCUGCGGUGGUCUUUCAAGGUGUUUGACAGUGAUGACAACGGCUGCCGAGACAGAAAUGAGCUCCGGAAGAUUGUUAAGAUAAUCUACAAGAUAAAGAAAGGCAUCGUGUCCGAUGAAGCGGGAACACAGAACCUCACUACUGAGCAGGUGUGUGAGCGCAUCUUUCAAGAGGUCGAUGUGAACAGUGAUGGUCAGAUUACGCUGGACGAGUUCGUCGAGGGGGCUCAGAGAAGUCCAUGGCUGCAGAACUUCCUGCGGCUUGAUGUCAAUCCCUGUGGAUGGGUCCAGAGCGGGAAUGCACCUCUGUUUUUCAUCCAGUUCGCAGCCCCUCUCCUCUCUAUGGGAGCUCCUGCUGCCUUCAAGUCCGCGAAGGCAGCACCCUAUCGCUGCAUCGCCGGACCUCAGGUGUCUCUGCUGGGCGGCCGCACAGCGCAGGAGCCGAUGGAGGAACAUUAA